AUGGCAGAAGCAGUAUUGAUUGAUCUGUUCGGUCUACAAAUGAACUCACAAAAUAAUGGCAUUCAGAAGUUAUUAUGUAGCACACUAGAAAGGAUUGAAAAAGGCUUCUCUGCCAGUGCUCCAUUUGUUUACAUAAUGUGCUACCAAACUCCGAGAAGCGAAAGGAGCAGUGAACAAGAUUCGUUACUUAAAGUAAUCAGCAGUUUUCAAACUCUAAAGAAAGGAAUUGAGGUUGUGUGCAAGACAAGUACAGCUGCUGCCUUGUACACCAUUAAACAAAAACUAGAUGAAAAGGAUUUAAGCAUCAUUAAAAUCAUUUUACCAGUACAAAGGAAAGCCUUAAUGGAAGUGUUUAUAGACCACCUAUUCACUGCUGUUUACCAGUUUCAGUUUGAGGAUUUUGGGAUGGAUUGUGAAGGAAACAACCUCCAACAAAUAGCUGAACCUCAGAGCGACAUACAAACACUUCCUGCCCAUGAGAUGGAACUCAUCAGGAGUGAGAUUCAGACAUACUUGGAAAGUCUGCCAGACCUGAAAGGGAAGCUUACCAUUCUAAAAUCUUCCUUGAUCCCAGGUCACAUCUUCCUACACGGGUUCACCACAAGGACAGGUGGGAUCUCUUAUAUACCAACGCUCAGCUCCUUAAACCUCUUCAGCAGUUCCAAGCGGAGAGAUCCAAAGGCUGUGGUUAAAGAAAACCUACGCAGGUUAGCUAAUGCUGCAGGUUUUGACUCAGAGACAUUUCACCGUGUGAAGGUCAAUCAUGCCAGUGAUGUCUGGAUUAUGGGAAAGCCCCAGCCUGACAGCUAUGAUGGAAUAGUAACGAAUCAGAAAGAUGUUACAAUAGCCGCUCUCGGCGCUGACUGCAUACCUGUGCUUUUUGCUGAUCCUGUCAAAAAAGCAUGUGGAGCUGCUCAUUCUGGAUGGAAAGGCACUUUGUUAGGAGUUGCUAUGGCUACAGUAAAUGCUAUGAUAACAGAAUAUGGCUGUAAUGUCAAGGAUAUACUUGUGGUGCUGGGCCCAUCUGUUGGACCGUGCUGUUUUACACUUCCUCAGGAAUCAGCAAAGGAAUUUUACAAUCUUGAUCCAAAAUGUGUCAGACAGUUUGAAUCUCCAACUCCCUAUAUUGAUAAUAGAAGGGCAACACGAAUUCUUCUAGAGACUGGAGGGAUUCUGCCUCAGAACAUACAGGAUGUUUCUGUCACUGACCACAACCAAAGUCUCACUUUCUGCACAGCAUGCCACCCUGAUACAUUUUACUCUCACAGUCGCGAUGGCACUAACUUUGGCAUUCAGUUUGGCUUCAUAUCGAUCGGAGACUGA